UCGGGCUUCGGGCUCCGACCAGGUGAGUAGUCGACACAGCCCACACCAGCAGGUACGUCCCUUUCACGCCGUGACAUAAAUACAGCUUGGGUUGUGGGGAAGACGGGCUGCUUCUGUCACAUGAGUCGGAGGAGAAAGGGAGUCUGGAAAAUAGAAAUAUGUAUUUUGACAGCUAGCUGGAGGGCUAGCUCGGCCAGGUAAGGUCGUCUAAAGCCGGAAGGCGUCACUUCACAGUGUCAACAAUAUGCCGGCUGAAGAAUUUUAAAUACCCAGAACACAUUGGAGCCUUUUGAAUACAUUUUUCUCCGUGGGAUUUAUAGUGGCCAACAGCUCAAAGUGCAUCCAGUGUACAACUUUUAAGUGUCAACAAUACGCCGUCUGAAGGAUUUUAAAUACCCAGAAACCAUCGGAGCCUUUGGAAUACAUUUUUUUCUUUUGACAUCUGGCUGUUUUUGUGGGAUAUUUUUCGCCAACGGGGCGGGGGACGCUCACGAUGCUGAUACCCAGCAACCCAGGGUUGAGGUGUUGACUUGCUUGACUAUGAAGCUCCCAGGAAAGUGACCUCUGUGGAGCCUGCAGCCCAAGGUAGCCAGUCGCCGGGCACGAUGGCAUCCAGUGAGAGACUGUACGAAGUCUGGAUGCUCUACUGCAACAAGAGGGACCCAGACUACUUGAAGCUAUGGCUGGAGAGUUUCAUCAGCUCCUAUGACCGAUGCCUAGAUGUGGACUUUGAAAAGCUGCCAUCAAGGCCAGAGGAGCCUCCACCAAUAUUGAGCCUCCUCCCAGACAACAUCCUGCAGGUUUUGCGCCACCAGCUGCUGCAGUGCGUCCAAAAAGCCUCUGACGGCUUGGAGCCCGAGCAGCAAAACCUGGCCCUGCUGCUGCUCAAGUUCCUCAUCAUUGUGUGCAGGAACCUUUCCAAUGUGGAGGAGAUCGGCACCUGCUCCUACAUCAACCACAUCAUUGCCAUGACGACACUUUAUAUACAGCAGCUGAAGAGUAAGACCAAAGAGAAGGAGUUGGUGGACCAGAGCCAGGCGGAGGAGUUUGUCCGUCAUGCAUUGGCGUUCUGCGAGAGCCUCUACGACCCUUACUGCAACUGGAGGCUCCGACUCUGCGGGGAGCAGCUGGGCACAGUGGAGAGGAGCAGGCAGAAGUACAAAGCAGCGCCGCUCACUGUGGAAUUUGUCCCCUUCUUUUACCAGUGUUUUCAAGAGAGCGAGCAUCUGAAGGAAAGCCUAAAAUGCUGUCUGCUGCACCUUUUUGGGGCCAUAGUAGCUGGUGACCAGAAGAACGCUCUACUUGCCAUCUCUCCAGCCACCAUGGAGGUUUUGGUGCGUGUGCUGGUGGACUGCUCCAUGGGCGGCUGCUCCUCCGAUCAGGGCGAAGACUGGGACAGUGAGGCCCCUGAUCGGAAGGCCUGUCUCACUUUGGGUUGUUUGCGGGUGGUGGUGCAGUGCCUCCUGGCCGCUAGUUCUGACCAGCGGCAAGUUGAAAUAGCCUCUGUGCUAGAAAACUACUUCAAGCUGCUCAACUCAGACCCGGCAGCUGUGGUUGCAGCCAGACAACAGCAGCAACAGCAGCAACAGCAGCAGCAGCAGCAGCAGCAGCAAGCCAAAGUGCGAGUGCCAACACUGGGUCGACACUGGGAGAGCCGCUUUGUGGCUCUGCAAGUGCACAUGCUAGACACAAUAAGGGACAUGUUCCUGUGUUCAGACAGACCAGUUCUACAAGCCAUCUUUCUCAACAGCAAUUGCUUUGAGCAUCUGACACGACUGCUGCAAAACAGCAAGCUGGUUAACGCUAGGUGCACGGCGGCAGACAAGGACCAGAAAGAUAUAACCAACAACAGGUUACUGACAGGAGAGAGAGACACUCAGGUGUUUCAAGGACGAUUAGACUCCCUUGCUGUAGCAACUAUAAGGGCCCUGACAACAGUGAUGCAUAAAUCACCUGCAGCAAAGGAGGUGUUCAAAGAGAGGAUUGGGUACAAUCACUUGUACGAAGUCCUCGUCUCGCUCGGCCACCCGUCUCGACACCUCCUGAAGGAGCUGAUGAACAUGGCGGUAGAGGGUGAGCACACAUCAGUGGGCCUCUUGGGAAUCAGCAACGUGGAGCCCUUGCUGCUGCUGGUCCAGUGGCUACCAGAACUAGACUCAUCCGAGUUACAGAAUUUCGCUGCCGACUGGCUCUGCCGCCUCAGCUGCCUGAACCGUCAGACACGUGCUACCUGUGUCAACGCCACCAUGGUCAUGCGUGCGCUGGCGGUCCUGGAGUGCCACGAGCGGCUCCACAGAGCUUGUGCAGAGAGCCUUUUGGGACUGGUGGGCUCGCUUGGCUCCCAGUCGUUGAGCGCCAGGGAUCUCUUUGAGCUGCUGCACCUGCUCAGGCCUUCAGAGGCAAGCCGAGCACACCCCUACGUCGGUCCGGCCCUUAAGGCUCUCCUCGCCAUGGUGCGCAAGCAGGGUCUGGAAAGUGCCAUGCAGUACUUCGACCUGUCGCCAAGCAUGGCCGGCAUCGCGGUUCCAAUACUGCACCGCUGGCCAGGCUCUGCCUUCAGCUUCUUGGCCUGGUUGUCUCUAGACCAGGAUCAGUUGGGUCCACUUAGCAAAGGCAAGAGGAAACAGCUCUACAGUUUCUUUACGUCAAGUGGCACAGGCUUUGAGGCCUUCAUUAGUGCUGCGGGUGUGCUGGUGGUGGCUGUCUGCACGAAGAAGGAAUACGUCACAGUCAUGCUGCCCGACAACUGCUUCUGCGACUCUCUCUGGCACAGCAUUGGUGUGGUGCACAUACCAGGGAAGAGGCCGUUUGGGCAGAGUCUGGUCUACAUUUAUGUGGACGGACAGCAAAAGCUUUCUGCCCCACUUAAGUAUCCCACAAUGACCGAGCCCUUUACAUCCUGUUGCAUCGGCUCAGCGGGCCACCGGACCACUACUCCUCCACCGUCUCAGAUCCCGGACCCCCCCUUCUCGUCCGCCACCACACCCACAACGCGGUCCUCGCUGGGCGGCAUCCUUUCGCCUCAGGCGUGGGGAGGACUACUGAGCGGAAAGCCUGAGUCUGUGACGAAGCUCAUCUCAGCGGGGACCCAGGACAGCGAGUGGGGCAGCCCCACAUCGCUUCAGGGUCAGCUCGGGAGCGUGAUGGUGUUCCACGAGGCGCUGCAGCCCGGCCAUGUUAAAGCCAUCUGUAGUGCUGGUCCAAACUGUAUCUCCCCAUUAAAAGUCCAGGAAGCAGAGCUUGGCGACUUUUCAAGCAAACUGCUGCUGCACUAUUCACCAAAGGCUUGUCAAAAUCCGAUCUGUCUCGAUCUGUCCCCCAAUAAGCUGCAUGGGCGCCUGACUGGGAAGAAAGUUGUUAACUGGGACAUCAAGGAUAUGAUCAAUUGUGUAGGCGGCUUGCCUGUGGUCUUCCUGAUACUGGAGCAGUUGGCCUAUGUGGCCCCCGAUCAACAGGCCAGUGACGCGUCAACGGGAUCAGACUUCAUCACCCCAGAUGUGACCACUCCUGCUGACGGAGAGUGGGUCAUUCUCCCGUCUAACAGGGCUUCAGAAGCGCGCCUCGAGAAGAAUCUGGUGGCCACCUUCUUGUUGCUGCUGAAGCAUUUUCUGCAGAGGCAUGCAAUAAACCAGGAGAAUCUUCUGUACUCGCAUGGCAUCGAGACACUGGGAGCCCUGCUGCAGAAGCUUCCUGUCGGUCACGUGGACGUCAGUGUCCUGGUGGCUAUGCAGCUGCUGAUAGAGCAGGUGACCUACGAGAAGAAUCAAGCUCUGCUGCAGCAACUUCACACACAUCUCCUGUUCAACUUCAACAUCUGGAAUAAAGGCGACUUCCCUUUACGAAUAGGUCACAUACAGUAUGUGAGCACUGUCAUCAAAGACAACAGGAAGCAGUUCCGCAAGAAAUAUGGAGUACGAUUCCUUUUGGACACCAUUCGCCUCUAUUAUGGGAAAAACACUAAUAAAGACGGCGACCUGAGUGAGGAUGACAUUCGGACCAUCCGCACGUCUCUCUACGGGCUCGUCAAGUACUACAUCGGCAAGGGCAUGUCCCAGGAAGAGAUGCAAAGCAUUGUGGGAUAUAUCUCCGCCAUCGGGGAUGAGGAUCAGAUUUGUGGACUGUUGGAGAUGUUACUCAGCCUGCUUCAGAGUAGUCCAUGCAGGGACCAGCUCUUCCUGCUCCUCUUUGAGCCCGGAGCAGCCGACUCUUUUUACGCCCUGCUUCUCAACAGCAAAUACACAGACCGCCUCAGGGAACUUGUAUUCAAGCUGUUUGAGCGCAUGUUGCGAUGCGACCGUGUCUAUGAGAAAAACAAGCAGCGUUUGAGGCUGAGGGAGGCGGGUUACAGUGGCCUGUCGCUGAUCUUCUCCGAUCUUCACAUAACUCCAACGCUCGUUCGCUGUGUCCUCAACCAGGUCCUCCAUACAGAUCAUGUGGUGCACUACAAGGACUUGAUGGCAUUGGUUCAGUUAACUCAUCGAUCAGGACCCAGCGUAAGGCUCAUUGUCUGCAAAAGGGUGUAUCAGUUGCUACAGUCCCAAGAAGAAGCUGCUUUCCAGAUCUCAAAGCAGCAGUGUUGGCAGGACACGCUGACUAAACUUUACUUGCGGGGCGAAGGCUCGUCCCAAUCCCGAAAUGCCGACACAGUCAGCAACUGCAGCCUGGACGUAAACCGGCCCGGUGGGAGUAUAAAUAACCGCCUAGAGUUGCCACUAGAUCGUAGAACGAGGGCGGGCAGCGCCGGCCGCUUGGACCGCCCGGACGACGACUGGCUCAGCAUGGGCGACACUCGCUCCGUGGACAGCCUGGACAACAGCGAUGUCAUUUCACUGCUGGACACUCCCUCUUCCUCCGCUUCCACCGAGCCACAAGCCCAAGUCAAGCCCUGGGUGGUGGGGAAAUCCGGGGGUUUAACCCUGGAUCUGUCUCACCUGCAAACCUAUGAGGGCUUGGACAGUGGCAGCCAGACACCUGGCAGCGGGCCCAGCACGCCUUCACCAAUUGAGACCUCCAAACCUUUUCCAACGAAUUCGGGGAGUUUGGACGCAAACGCCUCCCUGGCUGAAGACACCUUCCUCUUCAGUGACAACCUCUCACUGGGGGAGUCCUACAAUACCACAGAGCGAGCUGAGGACGAACUGUGCAGCAUGUUGCUGGAGAUCCUGCUGUGUGUGAUGUGGCGUGGAGUUGAAGGUUCCGACGAUUCGGCCUGGCUGGAGCGCGGCCAAGUCUUUUCCGCUCUCACCAAGCUGGGGACAGCCAACGAGCUGCUGCUUCCUAUCGACCAAAUCAAACUCAGUCUUCUGGAGCGAAUGUUGGAAUGGGCGGUGAGCGACAACCGCGAGGCGUCCGCCGCCACGUUGCCUCAACACACGGAGAACGCGGUGCGUCUGCUUCACAUGGUACAAGACUUCCUGCAAGCUGAGGGCCUGAUCAACCCAGCGCUGUGGACCGAGAAGGUGCUGGAGGAGUCUGUGACGCUGAUGGACUGCCUCAUGGUGUGGUACUCUGCUGGUACCCAGUGGUUCCAGCUCUCCCAAGUUGGACUGAGACUGAUGCUGGGCUUCAUGGCUCAAGAAGGCUCUGAGGUGUGUGCAAUCGCCACUGCCAAGCUCAAUUUCAUCCUACAAAUGAAGGAGGUGUCCAGCCAGGACGAGGCCUGCUACCUGUUGGGCAAGGUGGAGGGCAUCCUUCGGCCUGCUAUCCAGGAGAACGCAGAGGAAACGUACACCUUCCUGGUUCCUCUGUUGCGAACACUCCUCUCCAAAGUCCAUCGCGUCCUUUAUAUGGAUCUGCACCUUCCCCAAUUGCCCGAUACCAAUGGCAGUCCCUCUUUCUUCGAGGACUUCCAAUUAUACUGCAACUCCCCCGAGUGGCGCGUCUACCUGGACAAAUAUAUCAUUCCGUACAUGAAGCAGUAUGAAAUUGAGACCUUUAGUCAGGGCCACGAGACCAUGGCCCUCUACUGGAAGGAGUGCUAUGAGUCCUUCAUGGUCAGUCUGCAUAAGAGAGAGCGGGAGCGAGGGGAGAGCAAAAUCCGCUUCCAGGAACAGUUUGUCGAGCCCUUCUCCCGUCGAAGUCGUCAAGAGAACCUGAGGUACAACAGCAUGUUGAAGCAGCAGCAUAGCCAGAACAGCGCCUCUCUCAGGCAGUGGAAGGCAGCUCGACGAGGCUUUAUUUGUGAACGGGGGCCUUGGGCUGAAAGGCAGCAGGAUAAGAUGCGCUGGAAGCUAUCCAGCGCUGAGAACUUCUCCCGCAUGAGGCUGAAGCUGGUCCGGAAUUACAACUUUGACCCUCACAAGGAGGCCAGCGCUCUGCGGGACAACUUCGGUGUCCAACAGCAGUUGGUAAACCCAGAAUCGCUGCUGCUGGAGGCUGUGAAGCAGGUCAAGGUGACCAACUUGGAAGAUGACGUCUUGGAACUGCCUGAGGACGACCCCACUGCAGCCAUCAACCCGCUGGAAGCAGAGGAGGCGGGUCAGAAGGAGAAACUAGUGUUGGGGGAAGACUGUGAGCUGGUGACGGUGGUUGACGUGGUACCCGGUCGCUUGGAGAUAACCACCCAACAUAUCUACUUCUAUGACGGCAGCCAAGAGAAGGAUGAAGGUGUUGGACACGACUUCAAAUGGCCUCUGAGCCAGAUCCGUGAGGUCCACCUGCGGCGAUACAACCUGCGACGCUCCGCUUUGGAAAUCUUCCUCAUCGACCAAACCAACUAUUUUCUCAACUUCAAGAAAGAGGCAAGAAAUAAGGUGUAUAACCGAAUGUUGGUGCUGCGAUCCCUCAGUCUGUUCGGAACACGGUCUCCACAGGAGAUCCUGAAGGCCUCCGGACUUACACAGAAAUGGGUGAAUCGGGAGAUUUCCAACUUUGACUACCUGAUGCAACUCAACACAAUUGCGGGCAGAACGUACAACGACCUGGCACAGUACCCAGUGUUUCCCUGGGUUCUGGCUGACUACACGUCAGAAAAGCUGGACCUUUCGGAUCCACGGGUGUUCAGGGACUUGUCAAAGCCAGUGGCGGUACAGAACAACCGCAACGCCAAAGCAGUUCGAGAAAGGUAUGACAGCUUUGAGGACCCAACCGGCACCACAGACAAGUUCCAUUAUGGCACCCACUAUUCCAGUGCCGCCGGGGUGAUGCACUACCUCAUCCGAGUGGAGCCCUUCACCUCCCUGCACAUCCAGCUGCAGAGCGGACGGUUCGACUGUGCCGACCGCCAGUUCCACUCCAUUCCGGCAACAUGGCAGACCCUCAUGGACAACCCCAAUGAUGUCAAGGAGCUCAUCCCGGAGUUCUUUUACUUCCCCGAGUUUCUUGAGAACCAUAAUGGCUUUGACCUCGGUCGCAGGCAGAUAACCAAAGAAAGAAUAAAUGAUGUCAUUCUGCCUAAAUGGGCCACGUCUCCUGAGGACUUUAUCUGCAAACACCGCAAAGCCCUGGAAUCUGAGCACGUGUCAGCGCACCUUAACGAAUGGAUCGACCUGAUCUUUGGUUACAAGCAGAGAGGUCCUGCAGCAGUGGAGGCCCUCAACGUCUUCUACUACUGCACAUAUGAGGGGGCAGUGGACCUCGACGCCAUAACUGAUGAAAAGGAACGAAAAGCCCUGGAAGGCAUGAUCAGACACUUUGGGCAGACACCAUGCCAGCUUCUCAAGGAGCCCCAUCCAGUACGUCUCUCUCAAGAGGAAGUGGAGAAGAGGAAGGCCCAGCUGGACUCGUGUUCUCUAAGCAUGUUUGAAAACCUCAGCGACCUAAAGUCCUUCUUUGUUGAGGGCAUUAGUGACAAUGCUCCACUUGUUAAAGCUGUUGUUCCAAAGAAUCAGUCACACUCCUUCAUCAGUCAAGGCAGCCCAGACACUCUGGUGACCGUAAGUCGGAACUGUCUGUUCGGGACCCACGGGUGGCUGCCUUACAACAGGAACAUCUCCAACUACUUCACCUUCAUUAAGGACCCCACAGUGUCCAACACCAAGACGCAGCGUUUCCUGUCCGGACCCUUGGCCCCUGGCGUGGAGGUAACAACGAGCCUGUUUGUAAUCUCGCAUGACGGAAAGUUGCUCUUCAGCGGUGGCCACUGGGACAACAGCCUCCGGGUCACAUCGCUUGUCAAGGGCAAGACUGUGGGGCAACAUAUUCGUCACAUGGAUAUUGUAACCUGCCUGGCAACAGACCACUGCGGCAUCCACCUGAUGUCAGGAUCCAAGGACACAACCUGCAUGGUGUGGCAUGUUCUGCAGCAGGGCGCCACUCCUGUCGGCCUGCAUCCCAAACCUGUUCAAGUGUUGCACGGCCACACGGACGAGGUGGUCAGCGUCAGUAUCAGCACAGAGCUGGACAUGGCCGUGUCCGGAUCACGGAACGGGGUCGUGAUCAUCCACACGGUGCGCAAAGGUCAGUACGUGCGUUGCUUGCGGCCGCCGUGCGACAGCUCCUUGCCGCUCUCCGUCCUGCACCUGGCCGUGUCCUGGGAGGGCCACUUGCUGGUCCACACCUGCCUGGAGGGCAAGGCAACGCUAAAGGAUAAAAACGCCCUCCACCUUUACUCUGUGAAUGGAAAACCACUUUGCCGGGAGCCUCUGAAGGAGCAGAUGACGGACAUGUGCGUGUCUGGGGAGUCUGUGGUCAUUGGCAGCGAGGAGGGCUAUCUGUCCAUUAGAGACCUGUACAGUCUGUCUCUGCGUGGGGAGCCCAUGGCCAUGCGGGUCCCCGUGCGCUGCGUGUCCGUCACCAAGGAGCAGAGUCACGUCCUGGCGGGCCUGCAGGACGGCAAGCUGAUCAUCGUGGGCGUGGGCAAGCCGGCCGAGAUCCCCCGGAGGCUGUGGGGCUCCACUAAGAGGCGGACCAAGCUGGCGUCUGAGGAGUCGGACUACACCACCUAGGUUGAAUGCCGCCUCCCCCCAUCCACAUCCCCGGCCCUAAAACCCCUCCCCCUUCAUGCCCAUCCCUGCCAGGUGACCCCACGUGCGUCAUGUAAAUUAUAAGCGGCCCACUCUGCCCUGAGCGCACGGCGCUGGCGCUGUGGUUCAGACCCAGAAGUAGCUGCAGCCUUCUUGUUUGUGUCCCCUUUUAGUCGGAAAACAACUCGGAAUUCUCGGCUUUUCCAUUUUCACCUUCAGACUGUUGUUUUCCAACAAGCGCCAUUGAACAGCCCGGGCGGCGGGUGACUUAGCACUCGCGUGAAUGUUUUUAAGUUACUUGAAAGGGUUGUUUUUAUUUAUAGCAAGCGUAGCAUGUGUUCAGUCUGCACAUGCGCCCCAAGGAAUGAUGUGCAAAAUGUUAAUAGCAAUACUUUGACGGGUCUCCUUUGUCGCCUUUCGUUCGCACGUUCUCGAUGUCUUCCCCUUGCUCCUUUUAGCGUGCGUUUUUUUUUUUUUAAUCAUUCCUGUCUGUUCACAGGGUAUUUCAUGUACACUAAUGCUCAUUUUGGAUACUUAAAGCCACAGUGUGAAGCUCCUGUGGAGACGGAUUGACAUGUUUUUGCAUCGAUUGAUUGCAGGUAAUGGCGUUUAUUUACGUUUAUUUACGUUGCCAAGCCAAAGUGUGGCUCAUACACACACUCAUGAUGUAUAUGUAUAUCUUUUGGUCAUUGGUACUUGCCUUUUAGGAGUGGACAUUGAAAAAGGAAAACAUGUUUUUUUUUAACAAUUUUUUUUUUUUUAUUGUCAAAAAUCAGUAACUGGAUCAAAAAAAAUUGUUAGUUUUUCAUAAAUAAUAUAUGUUUUUCUUCUUCUGCUGCAGGCUGACCACGCCAAACACUAAAUAUAUCCAAACAUUGAAUCCACAAUAUGAUUUGCAUUAAUUGACUGGACAGGACAAAUAAAAAAAAUUAAUAAAAAAAACAUUAUGUGUAUAUAUAUAUAUAUAUAUAAAACAUUUUCUUAAAAAAUACCCAAGUUUUUUUUAGAAAAUGUUAUUUUUCAGCGUUCAAUAUGUAUACAUGUAUGUAUGUAUAUAUAUAUAUAUAUACACAUAUAUAUAUAUAUAUAUACGUAUACACAUAUAAAUAUAUAUAUAUAUACGUAUAUACAUGUAUAUAUGUAUAUAUAUAUAUACAUCCAUCCAUCCAUCCAUAUGUAUAUAUAUAUAUAUAUAUAUAUGUAUGGAUAUGUAUAUGCAUGUACAUGUAAAUAUGUAUGUAUAUAUGUAUAUACAUGUAUAUAUAUAUCCAUCCAUCCAUCCAUAUGUAUAUAUGUGUAUGUAUAUAUAUACACAGUAUAUAUCUGUGUAUAUAUAUAUAUGUGUAUGUGUAUAGAUAUUUAUCUAUGUGUAUAUAUAUGUACGUAUAUAUAUAUAUAUAUAUAUACACAGUAUAUAUCUGUGUAUAUAUAUAUGUGUAUGUGUAUAUAUAUGGAUCUAUGUAUGUAUGUGUAUAUAUGUAUGUGUGUAUAUGUAUAUAUACUGUAUAUAUAUAUAUAUGUGUGUAUGUAUAUAUAUUUGUAUAUAUAUAUAUGAAUGUGUAUAUAUAUGUAUACAUAUGUAUGUGUAUAUAUAUACAUAUGUAUGUAUAUAUAUAUAUAUAUAUAUAUUUAAGUACCCCAAUUUCAUGAAACGUAAUUGUCCGAGUGUCACACAAGAACAUUAUUUGAAUCUUCCUUCAUUUAUACGUUGUAUGUAAAGUGCAGUCAGGGUUGACUUUCUCCCUGACGUAGGCACUGAGCGUGGAACAACCUACUCCACCUUUCAAGUCACCAUCACGGUUCAGGUCAAAUAGCAUGAUCACUCUGAAUAUAGACCUAAUUUAUGUGAUUAUUUUGGGUGAUUAAUCUCCUGAAUUAAUGCUGUAAACUUGCAGGUUGGGGAUUUUGUUGUGUGAACUAUAAAAUAAAUUAAUUUAAAAUAGUUAAUAGAAUAAUGAAUUAUAAGAUUUCUUUUUUUUUUUUUUUUUUAUUUUAUAUCUAGUUAUUGCUUUUUGACACAAAAAAUGAUAGUUUUCAGUUAUAUUGUUUUUGUGUUGAACAAAACAAUAUCAAUGACCAAACGACGGAUCUCCUUCCGUGAUCGGUCUUUUUACUUGACUGACAACUCCAACGCUGACUUGCGAGACGUCCCACAAAAGAGGAGUGCCUUUAUUCCAGGAUGGCUCUCGUAGUUUUGGUGUUCCUGACAGGAAGCAACUUUUAGCAUCUGAGCAUCGUUCUCUGUGACCGCCGCCAAAUGGAAACAUGUAUAUCUGUGAUUAUUUAUGAGCACCAUAUAAAUAUGUAGUGUACAGCAUGAUUUUUAUUAUUUCUGUCUUUUUUUUUUUUUUUGUAAAUGUACUUAUUGCACUUUCCAGGUACUCCAACGGUACGGACUUGUGUUGAAAUUGGCUCCUUAAAGUGUACAUACUUGCUUUGUAUACACAGGUGGAACACCACCAUGCGAGUCCGCUCCGGGUUUUAGACUACAAAAGUACGACAAUAAAGAGACACGUGCACGAUGCAGGUAUGGUUUUAUUCCUUCUUACACAUCCGGGGGGAGGGGUUCACGCCGCCGCCGGAUACGAGCAGAUGGACGCUCGCUUCAGGUCACAGUCCACGGCCGUCCACCAACUUUCAUCUGCAAGAAAGUUUAGUUAAUUACUUCGCAUAUUUUAUCAGAUUUCUAAACAUUUGAUUGAUCGUGAGGAUUAAAGUGGGAGUCUCAAAAGCAUGGAUGUGUGUGUUUAAGGCCCUUCCUGUGGGGCGGUAUAGCUCGGUUGGUAGAGUGGCCGUGCCAGCAACUUGAGGGUUGCACGUUCGAUUCCCACUUCCGCCAUCCUAGUCACUGCCGUUGUGUCCUUGGGCAAGACACUUUACCCACCUGCUCCCAGUGCCACCCACACUGGUUUAAAAUGUAACUUAGAUAUUGGGUUUCACUAUGUAAAGCGCUUUGAGUCACUAGAGAAAAGCGCUAUAUAAAUAUAAUUCACUUCACUGUUUGAGGGAAAAGUCCAACCAGAUCCUUCAGUUCUUUGUCUGAAAUGAUGACAACUGAAGAUUGACAAUUAAAGGCCUACUGAAAUGAGAUUUUCUUAUUCAAACGGGGACAGCAGGUCCAUUCUAUGUGUCAUACUUGAUCAUUUCGCGAUAUUGCCAUAUUUUUGCUGAAAGGAUUUAAUAGAGAACAUAGACGAUAAAGUUCGCAACUUUUGGUCGCUGAUAAAAUAGCCUUGCCUGUACCGGAAGUAGCAGACGAUAUGCGCGUGAUGUCACGGGUUGUGGAGCUCCUCACAUCCUCACGUUGUUUACAAUAAUGGCCACCAGCAGCCAGAGCGAUUCGGACCGAGAAAGCAACGAUUUCCCCAUUAAUUUGAGCGAGGAUGAACGAUUUGUGGAUGAGGAAAGUGAGAGUGAAGGACUAGAAGAAAAAAAAAAGACUAAAGGGCAGUAGGAGCGAUUCAGAUGUUAUUAGACACAUUUACUAGGAUAAUUCUGGAAAAUCCCUUAUCUGCUUAUUGUGUUACGAAGGUCGGCCCUGCACUUUUCUUCAGCACCAGUCGAUGGGUGGUGGCGAUGCCCAUCUCUGCCCUUCUCAAGGGACCCUCUUCGAAACACAAUCUUUCGAAAUAAUCGCUGCAUAACACACUGUACUUUGUGUGUGUGGUCCAAUCCAACUGUGUUCGCUUGACUGCUCUGUUCCAUAGUAAAGCUUGACUGUCAUCUUUCGGGAAUGUAAACAUUGAAACACCGGCCGUGUUUGUGUUGCUAAAGCCGGCCGCAAUACACCGCUUCCCACCUACAGCGCUCUUCUUUGAUGUCUCCAUUGUUCAUUGAUCUAAUUGCAAAAGAUUCAGCAACACAGACGUCCAGAAUACUGUGGAAUUUCGCGAGGAAAACAGACGACUUAAUAGCUGGGAACGACGCUGGAACAAAAUGUCCUCUACAAUGCUUGCCGUCACGCGCACGCGUCAUCAUACCGACACGUUUCUGCAGGAUAUUUCGGCGCGAAAUUUAAAAUUGCCAUUUAGUAAACUAAAAAGGCUGUAUUGGCAUGUGUUGCAAUGUUAAUAUUUCAUCAUUGAUAUAUAAACUAUCAGACUGCGUGGUUGGUUGUAGUGGGUUUCAGUAGGCCUUUAAGCACAAACAAAAGCGCUGGGGAGCGAAUCAAGCCGUCUAAAGUUCGGAAAAAUCCUAAAACGGUCACCCGUCUCUCAUGCUUCUGUCCACCUUGCCUGUCUCGCCCUGGCGGGUAUCGAAACUGAAAGUUUCCUUGGUGUGUGUGUGUGUGUGUGUGUGUGUGUGUGUGUGUGUGUGUAUGUGUGUGUGUGUGUGUGUGUGUGUGUGUGUGUGUGUGUGUGCAUAGAUAAGAAACAGAUUUGAGAUCAUUAUAUUUAUCUAUAUAAAUUCAAAGUUUCAAUCAAUCAAUCAACGUUUAUUUAUACAGCCAUUAAUCACAAGGGUCUCAAAGGGCUGACAAAAUUCCGGACUAAGUUGCUACUUUUUUUCCUACGCUUUGGACCCUGCAGCUAAUUUAUUGAUUGUUCUUCGCUGACGUCCAUAAUGCAAUUAGUUUUCAAAAACCCAAGCAAAGACACUAAAAAUGUGUGUUAUUGUUUCUGCUAUGGCGCCAUCUUCUGAACGAGUUAGCCAGAUGCGGGGAGGGGUGAACGUCAACAGUAUUUCCUUCUGUUUAGUGGUUUGAACCGGAAGUACAACUGCAGUUCCGUCUUCCAGUUGUCCAUAGCGGUUUUAUUCGUAUGGAUUCUUCAUUCUUCACUCCAAGCAACAUUUUUAAGUUUUACAAUAUAACUAAAACAAUUUUUACUUACUAAACCAUCACAUAUUUUAUGUCUGUAGAAGUGUUUACAUGCAUAUUUGUACAUGCUAUCGUAACGUUAUGAACCUAGCAUUGUUAGCAUUUGCUAAUAUGCUAACACGUUUACAAGUGUCUUAGUAUUAUUAACUUACAAUGGGAUUCUUUUUGUAUUGUUUCAGUUUCAUAAAUUCCCAAGUCAAUUCACCAAAACAUCACCAUGGCUUUGAGUCUGUUUAGCUGAUUGGCGAGCUAGUUUUCACAGCUAGUGGAUCCAUGACGAUGACUUCUGUUUUGUUUGAUCAGCCGUUUUACUGCCUUGUUACAGACACCGUUUGGAAACAAAUAUGGUAUGUGAAUAAACAUUUACAAAAUA